AUGGUAGUCAAUCAUGCAUCUUUACAUGAACUGUGUGGCGAAGCCAUGACUGUUUUUGUGAAUCUGUUGAGCCCCGGAGUUAGGCGGCGCCAAAGCAUCGACGGUCAAAAGAAACAAUGCAGCGAUGAAGAGAUUUCUCAUCAACGGGUGGCUUUGCCACCGCAUUCAAUGUGGGUGGCAAGUCCUGCUCCUCUUGUAUCUACAUUAUCCAGUUUUGUACGAAUUGGGAUGGUGAGGGGUUGGUGGGGUUGGGCGUUGGGUGGAAGGGAGGUCCGUCGGCAGUCCGCAUGCAAUGCGCACCAUGCUGGCAAUGUGAGUGGGUCCGGUAGAAUUCCCCUUAGUAAGCUUGCUUUCGUGGCUCAGAUUUCGAAUGGAGGGAGAGAAGAACUAUAG